AUGACACCCGAAGUGUGCUGGUGCUUAUAUUCCCCAAUGUCUGGAGAUCUAGUUCCUCUUACUGUUAUUAAAGGCGCCGGCCACGAAUUCAUUCCUCUCCCACCGGGCGAGAACGCAACCACGGCCGAUUUCCACUCCAUCCGUACCGAGUCCGAAUCGCCUGCCUAUUUUACAUCGGGAUUCUACAAGAUUGAGGCUGGUCCCCAAAGGCCCGCUCAUUACACCUUUGAGGAGACCAAAUAUGUUCUCCGUGGUCAGAUUGAUAUUUUGGACGAGGCGACCGGAGUUACUCACCACCUAGUUCCCGGAGAUUUCGCCUUCUUCUAUGUUGGAUCAAAGGUGAAGUUCUCGACCAAGUCUGCAGGCCUUGCCUUCUACGCCGUCACUCGUCCGACUCGCGCUCCCCAUCCCAACCUUGUUAACAGAGAGGAAAGCAAGGCCCGACUAUAG